GCUGUUGACUUUCAAAAGUGUCAAUAAAAUUUAUGUUAAAAAACAAGUUGAUUGAACAACAACAUUGAACGACAGCCAGCAACAACCAACAACAAGGAGAGCAACCAGCAACCAGCAACCAGCAACAGCCACAAAAGUGAACCGCCGAAAGGAGCCACCAAAAUGCUGCUCAAAAUCUGUAUACUGGGCCUAGGACUGGCCAUGCUGGCGACAUACCAUCCCGCCGCUGCCGCAGCCGCAGAGCCACUGACACCCGCAGCCAGCGAGAAUCAGGUGGCAGGGGCAGAGACGGUGGGAGUAAGCGUUCCGUUUGAGACGUCGCACAAGCACCCGGAGGCAGCGGUCCACAGCGAGGAGGGCUUCCACACGGCGCACCGGAUCAGCGUGAGGGCCACCGCCGACCCCGCCGACUACUCGAUGAACUUGCUGCCCACCAAGGAGCGGCCCGAGCUGAAUCCCGUGCUCAGCGCCCUGAUCAACGAGGAUGUGAUGAAGAGCAUCGAGGCGAAGCGCGCCAUCGAAGAGGAAGAGCUGGCCGAAGUGAGGCGCGAGAUAGAGGAGGCGGCCCUGGCGGAGCUGGCUCAGAGGGCCACAGAGGCACCAGCCCCACAGCUGACAACGCAGCCCUCUGCCACCAAGAAGAUCGAUAAUCUGGACGACGACGUGGUGGUAGAUCCACACGACGAUUUUGUGAACCAGAACUUCCCGCUGGAAGGCGCGGGCAGCGAGAACAGCAAGAAGUCUCGCAUCGAGAUCAAGAAGGGGCCCAACGGCCAGGACUACGAGUACGAGUACGUCUAUUACUAUGAGGAGGACGAUGAUGCCGCAGCCCCAGCCAAGCCGGCCGUCGUGGAGUCCGCUGGCGACCCGGACACUCGCGGCAAGACCCGCUACACGAACAUCGAACGCAGCACCCCGGCCAGCCCCAGCGAGAACAGUCUGCAGAGCGGCAAGGCAAAGGGCCGGUCGUCGUCGUCCGUCAGUGAUCGUGAUCCCGCCGAGGACAUCGAGCUGGAACGGCUCCCGGUGAACACGCGCUUCCCCAGUCGAGGCAAGAACAUCGAGGUGCCUCCGACGCCCGCCCUGGACUCGCUGGAGACGGCCGCCGAGCGGAAGAAGAUCAGCGUGAAGCGCCCCAGCCUGGAGCUGGUGGACAGCGAGACCUUCAACACAGACGAGAAGCAGCAGAAGGGCUCCCGCAACGGCGACAACGAGCUGAAGCCAGUGAUUGCCGUCGAGCAGGAGCAGGCCGCAGCCGCCGCAGCUGCCGCCAAAGAGAGAGAGCUCAAGAAGCAGGAGGAGCAGAAGAAGCAGCAGCAGAAGGAGGAGCAGCAGGACCUGGAUCCAGAGGGCAUUACCGAUGAGGCCGAGCAGACGACGCCCUCAAUGGAGAAGGCGGCCCUCGAUCUGUACGCCAUCCUCACCAACGAGAACCUCAACAACGAGCAGACCACCUCCGCCGACGGGGCGCUGGAUGAUGCCAAUGUCACCACCCUCAGCCCGGACACGGCCAGCACCGACGAGGACGACGGCAGCCUGACGACGCUCCAGGAUGAGCUCUCGUCGACCAGCAGCACGACCACGACCACCACUACCACCACCACGGAAGCACCCACCACCACCACCACGACAACGACGACAACGACAGUGACGCCCUCACUGUUCGGCGGUCGUCGGUCCGGACUGAACGGACUGGCCGGACGGAAUCGCUUCAAGCUGCGUGAUGGCGGAGCCGGAGCCAGCGCUGGAGCCACCAGCACCACAAGCACAACCGAGGCGCCCGCCACUGAGGCAACCAAAACGGGCAGAAAUCGCUUCUCGCGUCCCUCAAUCGGCGGUCGUUCUCGUCCAGGGGCCCGCACCACUGCCAGCCCGGAGUCGAACCCCGCCCCUGCACCUGGUGCCGAGGAGGAGGUCGUGGCCGCCAAGGAGGUGAAGCCCGUCAGUUCAGGAUUCGCACGCGGCAGACCACGCAAUCGCUUCAACCUGCGCGGCUCCACAACCAGCAGCACCACCGAGAGGUCUGCUGAAGAGGCAUCCGAUGGAUCUGCCUCUCCGGAUGCGGUGCCCUCCACCACAGCCCGCAGUACGCUGCGAGGACGUCCUGGUCUUGGACUCCGAGGACGCAGCCGCUCCACCACCACCAAGGCGCCCGCAGGCGAGGGAUCCGGAUCCCCCGCCGAUGAUAGCCCCACCUCGGAGGAAGGUAAGGCCGCCGCAGCCCCGGCUGCUGCUCCGGCGGAGAGUGUGCGACCCUCGCGCUUCAAUCUGCAUCGCGCUGGAGGCAACCGCCUGUUGCCACGUGGCAAGCUCGGCAGGGCCGGAGUGAGCACGGAAGCGCCAAAGGCUGACGCCCCCGAGGAUUCGGCGGCGGACAGCACCAGCCACCACAACGAUGUCAAGGGGGCCGUGGAGGCCACCGAGGGCGCCGAGAAGACUGAGGGUGGCGAUGCCGCUGGAGCCGGAGCCACAGCAGGGCCCGUGUCCGGCUUUAAUCGCCUCAAGAACCGACCGCGCCUCAAUGCUCUGCACAAGACUGAUGCGGCCAAGCCGAAGACAGCCGCAGGCGCAGGAGCAGCCUCCUCGCCGGCGGCGGUGGCGCCCCGCAAAAUCAACCCGCUGCUAGCCAAGCGUCGUCUGCACCUGGGCGGUGCGGCUGCGGCAGCGGCUACCUCGACCACAGAAGUUCCCGCUGAGGAGGAGCACUCAUCAUCGGACGGUGCCUCCGGAGAGCAGGCGGCCAAGGAGGAGGCGACCGCCGGCUCCGAAGAGGCCGGCUCGGACAGUGCCGCCAAGGAUCAGGACACAACAGAGGCCGCCGAGACCACCACCAAGCAGCAGGCCCGAGGACUGGGCCUGCUCGGCCAGCGCCGUCGCCUGCCGCUGCGCAAGCCCGGCACAAUUCUGUAAGACCGGACGGGAUAAACGACGACCAGCCCUCAGCCCUCAACCCAGAGCCCAGAGGCACAAUCUCUCAAGUCUGGAGUUAGUCGCUGCCCUGGGAGUCCUCAGUCUCUGCCUUUUUUUCCAACCACUCGCCUCUGUCCCCAUUUCACACUUCCUGAAUCCUCAAUCCUGAAUGGAAUACUCGUCCUACUUUUGGGUGGUUUCAUACGCGAUAUAUAAUAUAACUCUUACGAAUCACUUACGAUACUCGUAUGUUCUCUUUAAGUUUCUCGUCCGCGUCCUCGGCCCUUGUCCGUUCCACGGACUCAAUUAGCUUUGUACACAUUACACUAAUUACUAUACUGAUAAAUACGGAGAUACUAUUUAAGAUCCUUCGCGAAGUCACCAAACGAGAGAGAGAGAGAGAGAAAGAGAAGCGGGAGCGGAAGGAACGAGGAGAUCUAAGCCACUUGUAGACCACUAAGCCGAGAAUGUAACUGAGAUGCGAGCCGCCGGUUCACCCAAAUGCUAUAUCCGUCGCGUCGGGUAUGCCGUGCAUAGCAGAUACAUUAUCUAUUAUAUUUUUUUUGAGAUACAUUUAUAAAGAAACGACUUUUAAUUAUAUAUUAAAUAAAAACAAAACCACGUAA